GUCUGAGCAGAUGUACAACAAUUGAAAUCAGGAGCCCAGGCCCAUAUUAUUUAGUCCACGACACCGACCGUAUAGAGUGAUGACAAGCGUCGUAACCGUCUAUCUGAGAAACUGAAUCGAAAAGCGUUUCAGAAACUCUCGAGAUUUCCUUCCCGUACAAGUCCGAUCACGCGUAUAAAUAAAGAGAUAGAUACAUGAUCAGCUUCCUGAAAAAGCUAGGGUUUUAUUCGAGAUUGUAUGAUCAAUCGAGUAUCAAUCGAGAGAUGUCUUCCUCCGAAACUAGGGCACAGAAGAAGCAGCCGCCGUCUCCGAUCUCUUCCCUCCCCGAAGAAAUCUUCGUCGACAUCGUAGCGCGCGUCUCUCGAUCCUAUUACCCGACUCUCUCCCAAGUCUCCAGGCGUUUCCGAUCCCUCGUCGCUUCCCCGGAGCUUUACGCCAGACGAUCCGUCUUGCGGCGCACGGAGCAAUGCAUCUACGUCGCCAUCUCCAAGGAUCAGACCUCUGACAUCCACUGGUUCACUCUCUGCAUCAAACCCAACGGCGGCGGCGGCACCAGUGAUCAUCGAUUGGUGCAUAUCCCCUCGCUCCCUCCCAUGCCUCUACAAGGCAGCUACGUCGCCGUCGGUUCUAGCAUCUUCGUGAUGGGCGGAUUUCAAGAUUGGAGCAUCACGUCGAGUGUUUCGCUCAUCGACUGUCGAUCUCACACGGCGCAGCCUCUCGCCGACAUGCCCAAGGCGGUCGCUGGCUCCGUCGCGCAGGUCAUCGACGGCAAGAUUUAUGUAAUCGGAGGAGCAAAUGGUCACUCGCCGAUGAAAUCAAGGUCGAGAACGAUGAUGGAGUUUGAUAUAGAGACGGAGGUUUGGAAGCUGAAGUCGAGGCUAGAUUGGGAGCAAGGCAAAGUGUGGUUUAGUAGUGUGGCCAUGGGAGGUAAGAUUUACAUGCGGACUUGCUACAAUAGCUUCGUUUGCGAUCCCGUUACCAGUCCAGAUCAUUUCGUGAAAGACGAGGUUCUGCACUCCAAGGAGUGGUUGGGUUCCUGUGUCGUUGAGGAUGUCUUGUUUUACUAUGACGUUCGUGGCAAGUGUUUGAGAGCUUAUGAUCCUAAGCUCAGAUCUUGGGGAGUCGUGAAUGGUUUGGAAGGUCUAUUGCCUCGGGGCUGUUCAUGGUCGAAAGCCGCUAGUUAUGGAGGUGGGAAAAUGGUUCUCUUCAUGCAGACGGAAGAGAUCUGGUGUGCCGAGAUUGCCGUGGAGAGACGACAAGGAGGAGAUAUUUGGGGUACAGUUGAGUGGUGUGAGGUUGUGCUUGGUGGGAACUUUCGCAUUAUGGAUUGUGUACCUGUAGCUGUUCUGCUCUGAUGUUCUUGUGUAUACAAAAAAGGAUACUAGUAUAGUCUCUUGGUGCUUUUAUGAAUGUGUGCUUUUAAAACCUCCCUUGGGAUGUGUUUCUCAGACGUGUCAAUCUUUGUGUUUGGUGGGCCUAUUUUACAUUUGUGAAUUGACUGAAUCUUAUACCGAGUGAUUCAAUACUUAUUUGGGGUUUAUUUUCA